AUGACAGUGGCUCCUGGAGAAAGGAUUUACAGCGGACCUGAAGCACUUAAAUCAAACCAAACCGUCAAGGUAAGUUUUAGUCACUGUUCAAGACUGUUAACAUUGGCAUAAUUAUUAAUAAGUUGCCCUUACCCAAACGUCUUUCCAUACAUCGUAUCGGUCGUGGUUUUCUCUUUCCAUUGUUAUCGUCGGGGCUUACGGAAGAAGCAGCCGCGUGAGUUUUUUGGCUUUAUAAUGGCACUGUGUAAAGUUAUGUUUUGUUGUUAGUUUUUUUUUUUAUGCGGAGUAGAAAACUGUGUAUGUUUAGCCUCUUGAGUUAUGCAACGGACAAUUUUAUUGCAAAGUGUCCUGUUCAAUUUCUCGUUUUAUAGCGGAGUUCUCGCGCGUUUAGCGGAGCACCACGGGUAAGAAAAUGUGGUAAACUACCCAUCCGAGAAAAUUUGGUAAUUACGUGACCGUACACCGACUGUCCGUCCGUACCGCAGGUAUACCAAUGUAAAAUGACUCAAUAAACAGGUAUGGCAACCCAAAUGCAACUCGAAGUUAUUUUGACGGGAAAUCGCAUAGCCCCACGUCCUUGUAAAGCAGAGACAACUAAGGAGUCGAAAAGCGGAAAUUGUCUCUGUAUCCGUAUUUUCUAAAGUAUUAAGCUCAGAAUAAUUGUCAUGUCCACAAAUUUGGAAUAUAGAGCAAGAGAAAGACAGAGAAAAAGAGUUUCACGUUGUGGUCGUAGAAAAAAGUCUGCUGCGCGUGCAAAGUUGCUUUUUUGCUAAUGAGACCUAUUGUUGUCUUUCACCGUUCUCCGGCGUUGCCUUCGCUGCUAGCAUUACCAGAUUUUAUAUUUUGUUUAAACAAACUAUAAAUAUGAUCGAGAGCUGCGCUCUUAGUCCUGGCUAAUUCUAUAUAUUUUAAAAAUUUAACAGGUUGCUUGUCGGACACAUGAAAUGAUCAGACAAAUGAUCAAAUUAAUUGUAUAUGGCUGACUCUGCCAGCGGGCAAGGUGAGGCAAAUCCUGUGUUCUGAUUGGACUUGUCUUUCCCGACCGGACGUUCUCCUACAACCUUUUCUUUUUGGCCAUGUAAUAAAUCGUUUAUUGAUCAAGCUUGUUCGGUCAAGAUGGCAGGAUAUGCAGUGGCAGAUCCAGACCUUCAGAUAAGGGAGGGGGGUGUCCAAAACAAAUUUUCCGGCCGUUCGGGCCUCAUUUUGCUCUAAACAUAAAGGGCGCGGUAUGGGGGGGGGGCCCUUUCCUGGAUCCUCCGCUGAUAUGGGCCUAGUUCUUUUUGCGUUGUUAUAAAUAUCGACUUUAUCUCGCUCCAUUAAAACGCGACGACAAACAUGACCUAUAUGCAGCAGUCUUGACCAGUCAAGAUUGGUUAAUAAAACAGACUUAAACAUUUAUCGGUCGGAGCAGAACCAUAAUGAAUUUAAUUAUACACAAUAGCAAAAAAAUUAGAGCAGAGCUGAUACGGUCCAGCCAUAACAAACAAAAACAUAAAGGUAUAAAGACUAUAAAAACUUUCAUAAAUUCUCGCAAGAAUGUCGCUAAUCACAGAAUUGUUCUGAAGUAUAGCCCGGUGCCAGGCGUUCAGAUUGUGCGUACGGCGCAAAAAGAUUCGCACCGCACUACAUUAUCUGAACUCCUGGAACGGGCUAUCUGAAGGAAGGUAGUAGAGUCAUUAGAUAUCAGCAAGAGGUUGCAGAACUAUUGAAUUAUUUCUUUUCAAAUUGUACUUUAAAUAACAAGGUUUUAGUGAACAUCCACCUGAUCUCUCGUGCAUAUUACACAAUCUGAUUGGUAGAGAGGAACUAGGAGAGAUAUCUAUGACGCCUUAUAGUUCAGUUAUUGCUCGGAUUCGUGGCAUUUCCUCAGUACGCAGGCAGCUGAUAAAUAAGAGAAGGUUAGGAUAUCUAUAGGAAAUUCAGAGACAUUUAUGUACAUUGUUAGCUAGGUUUUCUUUUCACCCAACAAGUAAUUCGAAGAAGGGAGGAAUGAAGUAUAUGUAAGUAUUUAGGUCUACCUCCCCACCCCCUAUGUUUGUAUUAUCGAGCGUGCGCUCUGACUGUUAUGAUGAUUGAAUACACAGGUGUGCACGAGCAGCAAUGGUGUGUGUGUUGGUCGUUAAAUACGUAAGACACUACAGCUACGUUCUCCUGCUGCUCCUUCUAGUCACCAUAGUGUAAACAACGAUAUCGACACACCAUAAGAAACAGUUCUGGGAAAUAAACGUGUGUUCAGCGAAGCUACGAUCUGUACAAGCACAUGACCAAAAGCUGAAUAGAACGCAUGACCGAGAAAGAAACUAACGCCAGUCGUCCCUCCCUUCGCUAGAAAUAAAUACAAACAAAUGCAAUUAUUUUAGACGUUAAAAAAAAUCCGGUAAAAGAGGCAAUCCUUACUGUAUUACUGAUAAAAGUGGAGGCAGCCACAUCAAAUACAUUUUUAAGAAGGUUUUCACAAAGUUACAUUCUUAAAGGGUAUGCAUACAGCCGGUUGUAACAAAGCAAACAUCUUGAAAAUAGUAAGACAAGCCUUGAAAUAUGCAAUAGCGGUACAGCAGGCGAUAAGCAUUGUUGUUUAGUUUAUAUUAACUAUAACCAUUAGCAUUAGUUAUGAUAUCAAUUGACAAGUUCAUAUGCUAAAGGCCAGAAACUCUGCACCAGUUUGAAUCACUUGUAGGUAAUAAAGAGCUAUCGCACAACGCCAUGACGCAAUCAUUGUUGAAGUUUCACAAAAAGAAAAAGUAUUUUUCAGGUCAUUAUUGAGCACCACUACUCUUGUUAUAGUUCUUAUAGUUCUUAAUCAUCAAGGCUGUCAUAAAAACUAAAGUAGUGAAUAACAAUAUGACGCGCGAUUUCUAUCCACUUUUACUAAAAGCACUAAUCACUGAUGCUUCUGCUGCUACUUCCAGAAAUAUUCAUAUCUGAAACAAAAGAAAAAAAGACAAUAAUUUAACUUAGCAAGUGACAGUUAUUACUUCCUCAAGGUUAUACGGGCAAACUAGUCGGUUCACGAUUUGGGAAAAUUGUAAAAUUAGGGAGUCUAAGCAACUAUUACGUCGCGGGCGUCAUGAAUGACAACCAGUUGUUUGUCUUCAGUUCGCUCUAUGAAACACUUCUACAUGACAUAACAAGUUUGAAAGUUUUUGUUUUAAUUACUGUAGUAUGACGUUAUCGAGUCAAACAAAAAAAAAAAAGAAAGACUUAUUGUUGUUACUUUUGACGUAUCCUGAAAACUAUCCUGAAACUGGUAUCAAUGGUGGCGUCGCGAAAUGUCGGGUUUUUUUUUCCUAAGCCGUGCAAACACUUGCCAAAAGCAUAACAAGAAAGGGCGAAAGACAAGGUCUGAUAACACAAGGGAGGAAAAAACGAAACAGGGACCCCAACCGCUACACAGAAGUUCCUUUUGUUUCGAAAACGUUUCACUGACAUCACCCGUUUUCCGUUUACUUUCCAACCGGAUAUAGUACUUGAAAACAUUUACAAAUGAUGAAAAAUUAUGGACGUGAAAUCAGGGUAUUGCUAUAGUUCCUAACCUACAAGAGUGACAUUUGAAAUGUUCGUUGAGAUAACUAUGCAAACCAAAGACUAUCAUUACGAUGUAAACCUUUUAGCAAUUUUAAACCUGUGUUACAGACGAAAUUUAAGCCUUGUACUAACAUUGAAUUAUAUCAUUAACACAAGCUACCCGAAUCCAAGUGUUCCAAAUGAUGAAUGUUACCAGUAUUGCAUAACCGUCCUCAGGAAAUGGCAUUCACAAAUAACAAUAAUAUUAUAUAUAUAUUAAACAACUUUUCCAACUUACCUGGGAAGGGUUUGUCCUUAAGGUGGUGGAGGGUGGUGAUCUCCAUGGGGAUGAGGCCCUUGGUGUGGUGGAUGGUGUGGAGGCCCAUGCGGUGGAGGCCCAUGAUGUGGAGGUCCAUGGUGUGGGGGACCAUGGUGUGGUGGAUGGUGUGGAGGCCCAUGCGGUGGAGGCCCAUGGUGUGGGGGACCAUGGUGUGGAGGCCCAUGCGGUGGAGGCCCAUGGUGUGGAGGUCCAUGGUGUGGAGGUCCAUGGGGUGGCGAUCCAUGAGGUGGAGGCCCACUCAUCCUAGAAUUUGCGCUAACGUAAAUAACAAGACUUAAAGCACGUGUAGUUUGUUAGAAAAUAAGACUUGGCCGAAAGAGGCGUGAAAAUAAUUUUACUUAAUUUCUACUUUAAAUUAACUUACUUGGAUUAUUGUUUUUGUUCAUGUUGUUGUGGAACAAAUUUCAUUUUCAAAGUAAUUAAGUCAUGAAAGAUUCAAGUUUAAGCUCAAAUAAUAUAUAGAAAUUUGUUACAUGCUUAAGUUACAAUAAUAAUAGGUUUAAUGAAGUUAUGUAUAUAUGAUAAUCAUAUAUGAGAACAAGAAUUGUAUUAAAGAAAAUCACCGCAGUUAUAGGCGCAACUUUUGUAGUUGUGAAAAGAAAGUCUGAAAAAGUUCAGGCUUGUACGGGAUUCGAACCCUUGACCUCUGCGAUACCGGUGCAGCGCUCUACCAAUUGAGCUAACAAGACAAUUAAUAAUAAUAAUAAUAAUAAUAAUAAUAAUAACGUCUUUAUUAAAAAGCAUCCAAUAAAAUUACAUAUCUGAUGUUACAGUAAAAAUAUAUAUCGAUAGAAAAAAUUACAAUGGCAAGAUGAAUAAAAAAGAUUAAAUUGAUUAAAAAUACAUAUGGGAUAUUUACACAGCUAGAUUAUAUUUAAAAAUUAAUCUAUUAAAAAAGCUAUCUUUGAAACGUUCAGUGUUAAUGCUGGGCCUGACAACGGAUAUCCUUCGAAGGUUUACAAUACAUGCAGUCUUUGUACCUUGGGAGCAAGCUUUUUAGUGGAUGGUCACCGCGUUUGAGGUUAUAAAAAAAAGGCGUCUGUCGCUUUUCUCCAAAAGUUCAUAUAUGUUGUAAUUGACCGACGUAUAACGCCUCUUAUAACAUCUUUUUAAAAACCUUUGUAUAACAGUAAGUUCGGAAACACUUGCAGCAUAAACUGAAAGACCGUAUAAUAACUUAGUGAUCACAAUUGAAUUAAAGAGGUGGUCUAUUUCAUCUUGUGUAUAUCCUUCUUUGCAUAGGCUUCUGAUGACAAAUAAACACUUGUUGGCUUCAUGGAGCUUGGCCUUGACAUGCAAGCCAAACUUACAAUUACCUUGAAUUGUGACGCCUAAUAAAGAAAUGUUAUUAUAUUGUUUGAUAUUGUGAGACAUUGGGUAGACUGUUGAAUUGCCUCUCUUACGCAUAAUUAGCUCCUUACAUUUACUAGUGUUACAAUGCAUGUCAUUUGCAACAGUCCAAUCCAUAAACUUGGACAAGGCAAUAUCAGAUAUAUCCGGGGAAUCUUUAGUAAUCGUGACUAAGACGGUUGAAUCGUCUGCAUAUUUAAACAAGGAUAUAUCUUUGUAUCCAUCUAUCUCUAGGUCAUUCAAAAAUAUGUUGAAAAGAUAUGGGCCACUGACACUUCCCUGUGUUGUUCCCUUGUUAACAAUUUUCCACUGGCAUGUCAAAUUAUUAAAAAUCACCCUUUGUUUUCUACCUUCGAGAAAGUUGGCAUACCAGUUAACAAUGAAUGAAUCAAGUGGACUAUGUUUCAGCUUUUCAACUAGAAGAUUGUGUUUAACGUUAUCAAAGGCUUUAGAGAAAUCCAUCGUAAACAUUCUCACCGCCACGGUGUCCCGUUUAUCCAGUGCCGCAAGAAAUGUAUGUUGCAUUUUCAACAGAGCGUUUACACAACUUCCACCUGAGCGGUAAGCAAAUUGAGAAUUAUUCAGAUAUUCCUCCAGGCACCUCUUGUUAAAAAUGUUAUACACUAUUCUUUCAAACGUUCUGGCAAUAACUGGAGUAACGUUGAUUCCUCUAAAGUCCGCAUAAUCGACUGGUGUCUCGACUUUGGGGAGUGGAUUGAUGUUAGCCUCCUUCCAACGACUUGGCCAGAUCUGCCGAGCAAGAGAUAAGUUCCAUAAAUUCUCAAUCACUGGGGUAAAUAUCUCAGCAUAAUCUUUCCAUAUCCAGAAAGGAAUCCCAUCAGGUCCGGUGGCAGUACGCUUUAUUCGCGCUAAGGCAAGAAACACUUGAAAUGUAGAUAGUUGUGGAGCAGGGGUGUUCAAAUCAAUCUCAAUCAAUUAAGAGCAGCUCGUUGAAUUGGUUGGUAUUAAACCUGGUGAAUUGGUUGGUAUUAAACCUUGAAAGGAAUAUGAUGAUCAUCAUUAUCAUCCUUCAACGGGUUUAAUACCAACCGAUUCAACGACCUGCUCCCAAUUGUCUUGUUAACUCAAUUAGUAGAGCGCUGCACCGGUAUCGCAGAGGUCAAGCGUUCGAAUCCCGUACAAGCCUGAAUUUUUGCAGGGUUUCGUCUAUAACUGCGAUGAUCUUCUUUCAUGUAAUAGUAAGUUUAAUAUCAAGUACAUUAAAGUUUCGUUUUUAUUGCUUACGUGUAGAAAAGCGAAAUGAGACCAGGAUAUUGUCAUUUCCUGAACUUAGGGUCUUAGCAACAAGUUUUCAUUUGGAUGUUAAGGUUCAGUGGGAGCCAAAUGGCGAACCAGCAGUGUAAUGCAUUAUCUUAAAGUGGGUUUAACAGACAUAAAGAAUAUAUUUUUGACAAAUAUAAACUUGGACUGCGGACUGCGGAACACAAGUGGGUUUAACAAGCGGGCUGAGACUGAGUACAACAACAAUUAUAUUAAAAAGCAAAGAAAUGCAGUAAACAUACCGUGCUUCGAAAACAGGGCCAAAUUGAGAGUAAAACAGAUGGUUGGUUUAGGAUUUAAAUUGAUAUAUUUGCUAAGCAUUUGUUAAACGUAACUAAAUGAAGCGAACGAAUGUGUUCAAGCUUGUUUACAUAAUAAGAGAACUUAGGAAAUAGGGUUACAGCCAAGACGAAAUCGAUCAUCUUUUAAAGGCUCGUUCUUCCAAGAAGAGUGUAUGCUCUUCUUUUAUUUAUGGCACAUGCCAAGCGGAUUUAAAUACAGUACAAUGCUUCCUGAAAAGAUGUUUCAAGAGGCGCUACUCCUCAAAAAUUUAUAAUAUCCACGAGCUCUUAGCUAGCUCUUGUACAAAUGUGAUACGAAACUCUUCAAGGAAAUUAGAAGCGACAGUUCUCACCCAUUGUACCCUAUGUUGCCCCAAGCCAAAGGGUCCUUAGAUUAAAAAAAAUCUAGUCAGUUACCUAGGAUAAACACUGAACGUUUUAAAAGUAGCUUUUUAAAUAGGCUUAGUUUCAAAUUCAAUUGAACACUAUGAGAAAUUCUUACUGUAAGCUCCUUAACGAAGUAAUGAUCCGGGUAAGGUGGAUAGCAGUUUCUUUUGUUAUGCGGCAACGGUGCUUUCCACACAUAGGAAUGUUCUCAUUUUUACACAGAGAAUGUAUAAACCUACAUGAAGGCCGUUUACGCAAUAAAAUGCAUUUACACUCCACUUUGAAAGGGUGUUUUUUUGUGUUAAAAGAUAUUGACUAAUCACAAGAGUUGAAAACAAUAGCCAAGAAACGUUUACAAUUUUACAUGUUCCCCACAUAGGAUUUCUUUGUUAUUCAAACUGAGACCAGAUUUUGUUAUAUGGAAGAUGUUUGGAAAGUAAGGAUGAAUAUAUUUACUGCUUUAUGAAGUUUUGUUAUCUUUUGCUGUUUAAGCCAAUCAGAAGUAAGUACAGACAAUAGAAAAGUUAGCACAUUUUUUGCAUUCCAACAAGUUCGUUGCCGUUGUUGCUAUCGUUCUUAUCUGGACCGUUUCUUAAUCCUUUUUAAAAUUUGUGUACCAUUUGAUAUGUAUUGUAUAGAAAAAAAAAAGACAUAAUAAUAAUAAUUAUUAUUAUUAUUAUAAUUACAAUUAUUAUUAUUAUUAUUAUUAUUAUUAUUAUUAUUAUUGAUCAGCAGGAGAAUAGGUAAAUCUCCGAAACGGCCUCGAAAUGGCUCCAGAAGCUAAAAUCAUUAACAGACACAACUAAGGCAUGGCUCCUCGCUCGCUCUAGUAUUUCGGGCUUCUUUCAUUUUUUCUUUUUUUGUCUGCCAUCUCUUUUCAUUUCAUUAUUUAAACACAUAUGCUUAAGAUUGGAACCAUUUUUGAAGCUCACACUGUGCCACUUAAGGUCACGUGAACAGCCACGCCUAUAAUUAUGCAAAAUUAAAUAUUUUCAGAUUACGCCAUGAGAAUGACUGUUGAAGCUUUCGUUUAUUUUUCCAUGGUGUUAAGUUUAAAGUCAAAUGAGUCAAAUUAAACGUGGAAUUGCAAAAUAUUUUAUUCCUAUGUAAUUAUCAAAUGCUUUCUCUUCGACCCAGUCCCACUCUUAACUGGAAACGUUAUAGUUCACUCAAAACAAAUAAUUUCGAAAAACCCCGAUUAAUUCCAUAAACCUUGUGUUAAUAGUCAUUGAAAAAAACCAAAAUAAAUCACAACUAGUAUCUGUAAAAUGUUGUAAAAUUGGACCCAACUAAAUGGCAAAAAAUGGGUGUGACAAGUCGUGUGACUAAGACAGCUUAUUAGUGACAACGGGUAUGAACAUUUUUAAAAAGUAUUUACCGCAUGCAAAGUUUCAAGUCGAAAAGUUAAAUCUCCUUUAAACUAGACCACCCCCCCACAAAUUUCUAGAGACCUAUUCCUUAAAUCACCCGAGUCGAUCGAUCGCCAAACAUCAUUUGGACCAUAAUUUGCUUCUUCAAGAAAAUCAAAUUUCAGCGGCCUGGGAACCUGCUAGAUUUCCGACGACGCUAUCACCUCACUCAAGCACUUAAAGGAAAAGUGGAAUGUUUUGGCGGUUUACUACUCGAUUAAAAGAACAGAUAAACCGCAUAACUGAGCUUCACGACUUCUUAACACUGGACGAAAAAACGGAUUUGCCUAAGUUUGCUAGUUGAGCAAAUCUAUUGUAAAUUUAGGGUACUAAUGUUGCUACUUAUUUGUUCUUGGUGCAAAUAUUGUUCGAAAGUGAAAGUUUACUUUUCUGCAAGGGUGGCGUAAAUGUGGAGUAAAUAUCAAGUUUACAGAUAUUUUGUUUCACUUUUGCUCCCCAUAGUAAAUUUGGUGUUUAGAUUCAAAUUUGCCGACAUUUUGUUCUCUGUGUAAAAAUCGAACGUCAAAAAUGAAUGUUUGCUUGAUAUUUUCAGGCACAGCAAAGUUAAUGUGUAAAUUUAUGGUUACUAGAGGCGUAAAUUUCAGCAAAAUAUGAUCAAAGAACUAUCUUUACGACCACUUUAACCAACGUUUGCACAUUUACCAAACUUCACAGUGUUAUUUCACGCAAGUUUUGAUUUUCCAUUGCCCCGUUUCAAUCACCAUCACAUUCUUCUCAGAGUUUAUCAUAUUACUUGCUGCAGCUGGUUAUUUCGGGUAAGGCCAUCCCCCUUUUUUUUCGUUUAGCGUCGAAUGCGUUUCCUGAUAUUGGGUCGGUGGCUCGGAAAAAAAAUAUCACAAGAAGUCUCGGAAUAGGAGGCCCUGACGUAAAACGUUACCAUUUACAAUUUGGGUGAACAAAAUGCACAUUAUGUGAAAGGUUUGAACCCAGGAGUCAUUUCAAUAGUAGAUUGCAGAGUUUCAUUGUCCGGGUGAAUGUAGUCCUGAAUGCACUCGAUCGCAAGAUCAGCCGCCAUGUUUGUUGUUUCCCAGGCUUCCACGUGACUUUGGCACAUGCGCGAUUUGAUUUACAUUGUCACGUGCGGCUUUUGAACCAAUAGAAUGGUGUAAAAUAAACUUUCGUUGAACAGUUCAAAUUCACGCAGACUUCUCAAGCAAUACAGCGUUGCAAAACGAGUAGUUUUGUUAUUUUCGGAUAAUAGAAAGCCUGUCUUUCUAUUCAGCUGUUCUAUUACGAUUUAUACCUUUGUUAUUUUCGAGAGACUGUGAUCAGUUGCGAUAUUCUUUCAUAAAGCCUGUUUUCAAAUCAUCAACUCAGCUGGAUUGCAGAAAGGUAUGUUCUUCUUGAUAUCGUGGUUCGUUUACUUACUUUGGUUUUCUAAUAACUUUGCGUAAGCUUAAAACCUCAAAGAUAAAUCUUAAAAUUUA